AUGAAGUGCGCGCGAGGGGACGAGAAGCGGGAGCUGCUGCUGUUGCCCGCUUCGCGAAGGGAAGGCUGGCCCUUUUUUGCCGAUUCCCCCCCAUGGGGGUCCCGCCCCUUUUUGCCUUUCCACCGGCGAGUGCUGCCAGACCUGCUUACGGUCGGAUCGAGUGAUAUUUUCUACAAGGGCCUUCCGCGCUUCUGCCAGUUCAAGCUGGGCUCUUGGAGUGAGCACGAUUAAACAGCAGAGGUUCUGUUGUCUUCUCCAAUGCCUUGUUGGAAGCCUAGGAGGCAAGGCUUCCUGGUAUCGAAUUCAGGGAGACAAGAGGUGACAGGGUCAUGCCCAAGAAAGGAGGGAGACGAGCUAGACCAGAGAAGGAACCAGGUUUGCCAUGCAAGCAAGCAAAAACAGAAGCAGCCAGUCCUUUGCUUUGGAAAUAUGACAAUCCAGAGAGCUUAUUUGAGAGUUUGAUUGCUCCUAUCAAAGAAGAUGAAUUUUUCAGAGUAUAUUGGGAGCAGAAGCCACUGCUGCUUCAGAGAGAUGAUUCAUCCGUGGCAUCUUACUAUCAGUCUCUCUUUCAGUUAACUGACUUGAAAAACCUAGUCAAACAAGGCUUGUAUUAUGGAACAGACAUCAAUAUAUGUAGAUGUAUGAAUGGCAAAAAGCUUAUUUUUAACAAAGAUGGAAAAGUCAUCUAUGCACAACUGAAGAAAUAUUUUGAUCAGAAAAAAACUACAAUACAAUUUCACCAGCCACAGAGAUUUAAGGAUGAGCUCUGGAGGAUCCAAGAGAAACUGGAAUGCUACUUUGGCUCAUUGGUUGGAUCUAAUGUUUACAUUACUCCUCCUGGAUCCCAAGGCCUGCCUCCACACUAUGAUGAUGUUGAGGUGUUUAUCUUACAACUUGAAGGGGAGAAGCACUGGCGGCUCUAUCGCCCAACUGUACAUCUAGCUCAAGAAUACAAUGCUGAACCUGAAGAGAGAAUUGGAAUUCCAACUCAUGAUUUCCUAUUAAAGCCAGGAGACUUGUUGUAUUUUCCAAGAGGAACAAUUCAUCAAGCUGAUACUCCUCUUGGGGUAUCUCAUUCUACCCAUAUUACCAUUAGCACAUACCAGAACAACUCUUGGAGAGAUUUAUUACUGGAUAUGGUUCCUGGACUUCUUUUGGAUAUAGCAAAAGAAGAUGCUGAAUUUCGAAAGAACAUUCCAAGGCAAUUAUUGAUGAAAACGGAUUUAUCUGGUUCGUCCGAGCAGUUAAGUAGCUUCCUGAAACGCCUUGAAGGCCAUUUGGAAAACGGGAGGAAACUGAGAUCAUCUUAUAUGAAAAAAGAUUUUAUUACGAGCAGAUUACCUCCUUUUAUUGGGACUAAUUUUGAUUUUCUGACUCCAGAUGGAGCACUACCAAAAAUAGACAGCACAAUCAGGCUGAGAUUUAAAGGUUACACAAUAAUUACAACAGAACCAGUACCAGACCUUUUGAAUGAUUCAGUUAAAGAAAUGGUUUUUGUUUACCACUGUUUAAAGAAUAAGAGGCAGAUCCAUAUGAUGGGCCAUGAGAAUAUGAACGAGAAAGAAACAGCAGAGACUCAUGGAUUACGAUUUCCUCUUUCUCACAUGGAUGCACUGAAACAAAUAUGGAGCUGUGAUACUGUGUGUGUUAAGGACCUUAAUCUUGGUUCAGAAGCAGAAAAAGAGAACUUAGUGAUAUCAUUGUGGAGUGAAUGCCUUAUUCAAGUAAUCUAAAGACAGGGUCUGAUCACAGUUAAGGAACCUUGUAUGUUCUGGGUUUGUGUAGAAGGGUCUACUAUGAAUUUAAACCACCUUAAUGAACAAAGACUUGAUAUCCAGCCAAAGCAUUUUUACACAGAAAUUAUUCAUAAAAGGCUCUCGUAAAAAGUUCCUAGGCAUUUAGUAAGGUUGUGAAAUAGAUCUGAUUCUUUCCAAAAUGCCAGAUAGUUAUGAAUUGAGGCAUGAAAAAAUUAGAACGUGAAAUACUUGAGCAGGACUCUGCCUGCUUUCUUAAUGUGCAAAAUAAGAACACACUGAAGAUGUUGAAUAUAGCUGGGGUGAGCGAUGACAGCUUAUGUAUACAGAAGGUUGCUUAUUUGUGCUACUGAAAUUUGCUUCCUAAAGUGCCAUCUGAAAUUGUGAAUAGUAGUGUUUUUGAGUGAACCCAGGACAUUAGUAUGUUAUAAACAUUUUGUAGUGCAAUGAAUUUCCUUAAAUGAAGAAAAUUCUGUAACUUGUGUAACAUUGUUUCAAGUACACAAAUAGCAGUGAGGCAGCUUAUUGCCAGCCAUGUAAGCUCAUGAGCAAGAGAAUAAAAACUGUGGCUCUUUUAUAAGUUUCUUUUCCUUCCUAACCCAGGUAUCAGUGUGGGAUAGCUAGAGUGUGUCUGAUUGCUCCUCCAUUGGGUGGAAAGCCUCCUUACGUUGAAUAUUCUCUACUUUUGCAAUUUUGAAUCUGUACAUAUACUUUAGUGUAAAGUCACAAGCCACCAAUACCUUGUCCUUUUUUCUUCUUCAAUAUGUAGAUUACCUUACCUUUUCAAACCAACAGAAUAAAGUUGGUUUGAAAAAUAUAGUGCUCUACAACUUACAGCAUAGAUAAUUACUUAUACACUCGAGAUAUGAAGUCAUUUGGGGGCAAAGUUUGUUAACUGGCAUCAUUUUUUUUUUAAUUUUAGGAAGUGCUCUUUAUAAAAAGCUUCCUCUCGUGUUAUUUUUAAAAGGAUUAUUGCACUUUAGCACAGUACAAAGUGAGAAAAUUCUGUGUAGCAGUACCAUAAAACCUUAGGGUGGUUUAGCUCCAUUAUAAAUGUAGUGCACGUGCAUGUAAAGAUUCCCAAAGGCCUUUUUAAAUCACGAUGGUUCCUGCUCCUUGUGGCUUACCUGUUCCGAAGAAUCAACAGCAAAAUAUGCUGUGUUGAAACUGUUACCGUCCUUUAUGAUGAGAACCCAACUAGACUGAGACUGGAUUGUAUCUUAAAGAUGUACUACAAUAAGGUUUCUGUUCUUUCAAAGUUAUUUUAUGAUAAGCUCUUGAAUAGGCAUCACUGUAAGGGUAUAAUCAUCAGCAUACUGAGAAAAAAGCCCAAUUAAAUACAGUUUACUUCAUAGUCUGCAUAGGACUUUGUUUGCAGAUAUUUUCUCAGAAAUAACUGACACUGUGUUUAUCUAGUCUUCUUUCCUUAGGAUUAUGUUUAGAAUUACAGCCUUAUGUAGUAAUUCAAGUAUCAAGAAAGCAGACAUAGGAUUGCAGCUGUAGCUAUAACAGUGAUGAAUCAUAUGAUUUUAUCAGAAGCCAAGUAAGGAUAACAUCAGCUGAAAAGAACAAUUUAUUUAAAAAGUGUAUUAAAUAUAUUUGUUGCUUAUUUUUAGUAUAACAUACAAAUCCAUCUAUUAAAUACGUGCUUUAGAUUAAAGUAUUAAGGCCUAUGUUACAUAAAAACAUAAAUGCAAGAAGUAAAUACAUGAUUUAUUUUACAAUAUAAAGUGCUAUAAGGAUGUAGCCCACACAGCUAAGCAGCAUUGUACCUAUUUCCCUGGCUCUAUAAACAUCAAGGUUUACUUUAGGAUCUGGAACUUGACAGCUGCUUUUAUUGGUAGGACUUGUUGCAAAACAGCUGUUCGUUAAGAGGUAGAGACCCAUGGAUUGUCAUGUCAUGAAAAUCAACAUAUGUUGCAACUACUGCCUGUGGUUCUUGCAUCUCCAGAAUCCAUCUAUAUCUGCAGGUGUAAUGAAUCUGAGUUGUGGAAAAAAGCCCUUAUAUAUUUUUGUAUUAAUGUCACAACUUCAUAUAAAAAUACAGAUUUUCUUAUAUUUCACUUUUUUGCUUAUUUAAAAAAGUAAAACAAUUGAGAAGUCUUGUCAUGCAUCUUCUUAUUUUACCUAAUCCAUCUAUUUCCAAAAAUACUUUUUCAGUAUGGUUACAAUUUACAAUGCUGAAUAUAAGUGCACAUAUCCAAAUUGGGAAACUAUGCAAUCUAGUUUCUGAGCGCAGAUGCUUACCUUGUUACAGAACACAUUCUACUGAACAUAUAGUGUUUCCUAGUGUAACAACUAAUACUGCAUAGGUAUGAGAGUCUUUAAAAAUGUUUAUACUAAAUUCAGUCCCUAUGCUCACAUGCCUGCAGGGCUUGAAUAGCUGAAUAUUUGAACUAUUCCAGUAUGUUGUUUUGAAUGGGGGCUAACAGAUACAAGAAACAUUCUUUGGUUAUGACACUGAACUAAUAUUUUAAAUCACACUUAAAUUGUGUGAAACAAUCCUAUUGAGGAUGCAGUGAUGGAAAGUUGAGGAUGAAAAAAGAAGAGAAACCUAAUCUGAAUUCCAUUUUGACUAGGUUUCUUUUACAAGAUGCUGUGGAUAUUUGAAGCUCAUAUUAAAGGAAGGGUUUUUUUAAAAAGUGCACAGAUAAAAGUUGUAUAAUAAGUGGUUGUAUAUAACAUAUUUUCUAAGUUUGUAGGGGAACAAUAUGGUAAAUUUUCUGCUGGUACCCAGUGCUUCAUGAUGUUAGUGACAAGUUUUAUCAAUUCAAAUGACUAUGAAUUUAAGCAACCGUCACAGUUGUCAAAUGAGAAACUACCAGGGCAGAAACACAUCAAAAGAGACAUCUAUUUCCCAACUUUUUCUUAUUUUUAUUUUUUGUUUGAAAGCAACUGUAGGGCCUUCAUCAAUUUUCCAGAAUUCAGAAAUUCUACAGUGUCAUG